AUGGAGGAUGAGGAGGCCAAAGCUUUGGAAGCCAUCCGUGAGACUCCGCAUAUCAGCCCGCAAGAGCAAUCCAAGCUCACUGCUGCCAACCGAGGUCGCGGACGGGGCCGGCCUAAGGGUAGUGGUAGGGGAAGAGGGCGGACCCAAAAGAAGAAAGAUGAUGACGAGGAUGAAAACGAUGAUGACCCACAGGAAGAGGAGGGUGAAGAAGCAGGUGAAUCUGAGGAGGCUGAGGAGGCAGAACCAGAGGUUGAAAAACGAGCAGCCAAACCAAAGGCCAAAAGAUCCACGCCCACAGCCAAGUCGGUACCAAAGGCAAAGGCAAAGGCGCGCAAGGAUGCAGCUGCUGCCGGUAGUCGCAAGCGCAGGGGAAGCUCAAAGGAUGGGCAGGGAGGUGAAAAGGAGGAAGGGGCAGGUGACAAGGAGGGAGAGGGAGGUCCUAAGAAGAAGGCACCUAAAAGGGAGCUAAUGCAGGAGCAGAAGGCCAAGGCGGCCAAGCGUAGUAGGAAGAGUUGCGCCUACGCAAAAGCGUUCAGGGAAGCCUUGGAAAUCCACGGGGAGGUUGAGGCUAGGAAACGUGCAAAAAUGGCAUAUGCGCAAACCGAAUGA